AUGUAUCCUGAUUUGUACAAAAGGCUAAACUUAAAGCCUGAGGAACUGAUAGCCUAUGAUUCACCUUUGGUGAGCUUUGAUGGGAAAUUUGUCAUCCUAAGGGGUCAGAUUAGGUUGCCCGUGCAAGUAGGGUCAAAGGUGGUUGAAGUGGACUUCAUUGUAGUGGAUACAUACUCUCCCUACAUGGCCAUUGUGGCUAGACCUUGGCUUCAUGCCCUAAGGGCCGUCUCUUCUACUCUGUAUUUGAAAGUGAAGUAUCUAUCAGGGGACUGGAUUGAGGAGCUUGUAGGGAGUCAGUCCAUGGUUGGGGCUCAACUACCUCCUCAAGAGAAGGAAGAGCUGGUAGACUUUCUCAAGAGGAACGUUGACGUGUUCGCAUGGAAUGCUUACGAAGCUCCAGGGGUGGAUCCGAGCUCCAUCUAUCAUCAUUUGAAUGUCAAUCCAUCUGUCAUCCCCAGAAAACAACCACAUCGACGCUUAUCUAAGGAUCGUUCUGACGCUGUUAAAGACGAGAUAAUGAAGCUUAAGCAGGCUGGAGCUAUUAAAGAAGUGUUGUACCUUGAAUGGUUGGCCAAUACUGUGGUUGUGAAGAAGAAAAAUGGAAAGUGGCGGGUAUGUGUGGACUUCACAGAUCUGAACAAGGCCUGCCCAAAAGAUCAUUUCUCCAUGCCUCGGAUAGACUAG